AUGGGCUCCCCAAUGAAAAUGAGUUUGAUUUUCAUUGCUUGCUCUCUUUUCUUCAAGGGAUAUCUAGCCGAAGUCAUAUGCGAGAACUUGCCGGAGAAUCUCUGCGCCUUCGGAAUCUCAUCCUCCGGCAAGAGAUGCGUGCUCGAAAACUACAAAAACGAGGCUUCCGGCAGCCUCGACUACACGUGUCAGACGUCGGAAAUCGUGGCCGAGACAUUCUCCGGCCACAUCGAGUCGGACAGCUGUGUGGCCGCCUGCGGCCUCGACCGGCGGCUUGUCGGAAUAUCCUCCGAUGCCCUCUUGUCGCCGGAGUUCACCGCCACCUUAUGCUCGCCGGCUUGCUACCAAAACUGCCCCAACAUUGUCGACCUCUACUUCAAUCUUGCAGCCGGCGAAGGAGUAUUUUUGCCAGCUCUUUGCAAAAAACAGAACUCCAGCCCAAGACGUGCGGCGUUGGAGCUUUUAAGCAGCGGCGGUGGUGGCACCCCUUUCACGGUGGAUGACGGCUUGGCCCCUUCUCCGGCGCCGGCCACGAUUUGCCAUUUGAGCCUGUUUAGCAGCAGCCCAGGUUGUUCUGGGCCCGCCAUUGAGUUGGGCUGUGCUUGUAAGGAUGAUUUGGCAGCGGCCCAUAAGCAUUGUGCUGAUACUUGGUUCAAGAUUAGAGGGAACAAGACAUGUGAAAUCUGCAAUUCCAUUGCCGAAAACGUUGCGGGCCCCACCAUCGACUUCGAUUUUGCACAAGAAGACAGUGAAUCGAGCAUCGAUGGAACAGAGGAAUCGGGACAGUCCAAUGCAGGGGUUCGAAGAUGCUUAAACGGGCACCGUUUAUUGAAUAUCUUGCUCGGUUGUCUCGUGUUUGCUUUCGCCAUAUCAUGGCUGCUCCACUUCAAUAUACCGUCGUAG